UGGCUCUCCCACAUAACUAUCCGACUGUCGAGGAAUAUCUUUGCCGCCUGGCUUCAGACUCGCCGCCCGCCACCCGAGCUUUCGAACUACCGCAAUCAUGUCUUCCCCGCAGGACCGCGUUCAGCACUAUGUCGCCCAGCUCGACAAAGAGCUCUCGAAGUACCCUGUUCUCAACAACCUUGAGAAGCAGACCUCCGUCCCCAAGGCGUAUGCUGUGCUUGGCCUCGGGGCGCUCUACUUCUUCCUCAUCCUGCUCAACCUCGGCGGUCAGCUCUUGACCAACAUUGCGGGUUUCGUUAUCCCCGGAUACUACUCUCUUGGUGCGCUCUUUACGGCGACCAAGUCGGAUGACACGCAGUGGCUGACCUACUGGGUCGUUUUCGCGUUCUUCACUGUUGUCGAGAGCCUCGUUAGCGUCGUCUACUGGUUCCCGUUCUAUUAUACCUUCAAGUUUGUCUUCCUCUUGUGGCUGUCUCUCCCCGCUUUCCGCGGUGCCGACAUUGUCUUCCGCUCUUUCUUGGCCCCGGCCUUUGGCCGCUACUUCCACAAGUCUGGCUCCACUGCCAGCGGCCUGCGCGCGAAGGCCGAUGCUGUCCACACCGAGUAAUCCAUUCUCGGGCGUCCUCCGCUACCGGCAUCCCUCGGUCAAACUACAACGUGCACAGGCAUCCAAUUCGGUCCCGUGAGGACAACAGACGGCCGUAGAUCGCACGCGUGAUGCUGGUAUCCCUUUCGACGUUGGAUAUGAACGAUGAUAACGCAGGGGAGCCGUACGGCUGCUAUGGAGACAACAGUGCCACAGGAUCGACGUGGUUUCCCUUACUCUGAGGUCCCUGGCGGAUGUAUACUGGUAUAGCUUUUCUUUGGGGCUUUUCCUGGGACAUGCCGAUUUCCUUGUAGUCGGUAGAAUGGUGGUUUUCUUACGGGGGUCUCGCCACGGAUGUUGGUCGCGAUGUUCGGUGGUUGGGAAGGCGGAAGCAGGUACUAUGAGUACUAUGAGUUUCUCAGUGUGCGAUAGUUGCAUACCUCGUCGCAGAUGUGCAGUGACC